AUGGAAGGGGACUACAAAGGUGAACAGCCGAAUGUGCCGCGACUGCUGCGGGAGGUGGACGUGAAUAUCUCCCCGUUGAAGGGAAGCGAUAAAGAUAAGAAAGAUAAGAAGGAUAAAAGGGAUAAAAAGGAUAAGAAGGAAAAGGGGAAAGCAAAAUUGAAGUCUGCUAGUCAACAAGUGGCCAGUGAAAAUGUCAACGUGUACAAUUCCCAGUGUGGAAGUCUCUCCCAAAUGAACUGCAAAUUGGUUAGUAGCGACUCAUCUAGGUUGACGAAUGAACUGAGUAAAAGUGCCACCAUGGAUAGUAGCCAUACGUACAGGCAUAAUAUCUGUGCAACCUUUGCUAGUAAGAAUAACGAAAGUAAUAGAGAAAGUUCCCUUCUGCGUGAUGCUCAAGUUGGUAAGAACAGCCUGAUCAACCCUAGUGUGUGCAGUGUGGAAGGAGCCAAGGGGGCAACACCUUUUAGUGAAGCCUGUAUGAUGCCCAACAUUAGUAAUGCAAUGGAACGUCAUGGAUAUACACUUUUGAAUAACUUCGCGAAGGACAUAUCUGACGGAGCGAAUGGUAGUGGCGUUAUAAGCGAGUGCUACAGCGGAGGGGUUAACAGGAGGGGCGGUGCAAUAAUCGCGGGUGAUAAUUGCAACUACGGGGUGUGUGGAGGCCUCUACAGUGGUACGGGCGCCGCUAAUCGCAGCAGCAAUCAUGUGAGCGGCGUGAACAGCUUGCACAAUUUGAACAGUGUGAAUUCUCCGAGCGAGCACGCACACAGUGGAUUGAACUCCUGCGCGGGGAGUGUGUACGAAGGUGUAAGUACAACCAGCAGCAAUGUGAAAUCUUCCUCAGGGAAAAGCAUAGCCCAGAUGGGCAGUACUAAUAUAGCCGGUUUGACCAUCGGGGAGGAGACUAGCAAUGCGAAUAGUGCACCCAUGAAAGGUGGAAGCUCCAAGAAGAAGACAAAAUCUGUGGACGAUUUGGAAAAAAAAGAUGUCCCCAUAAAGCCUGAAACGUUGUUUGAAAAUUUGAAAAGAUUGAGUGUGAACGAAAUGGGAAAGGCCGAUGAUGUGGUGAGGGAGAAAAACGCCAUGGAGUUAUUUCCUUAUGACAAUUUUAGUUUUACUGAUGGUAUGUCUAAUCUUAUGGGUAGGGGGAAGGAUCAUCAGGGUAAGUCUGUCUCCGAGAAAUGUGGCCCUACUGCUAUGACGACUGGUACGGGUAACUCUUGCAAUGGAAAUCGCAACAGAAUGAAGAAUAACGUAGGUGGUACUCAACCUGGGAGUGUUGCUACACCCCGGGGGGAGGACCUCCACCUCGCCGACGCUAUGAGCAAUAACACCAGCUAUGAGGAUUACACAAAAAUGUCUGCCAGUGUCAAAAGUAACCCAACGAACGAUUUGAAAAAGUAUAUGCCGAGCCCGAUCAGCAGCAACAGUAAGGGAAGCGGGAAAGGGAGCUUUUACUCCCCCUUUUUGAGUAAUGAUAACCAGCGUGAGAAGGUUUUCAACGGGGACGACUCGGAAUGUGCAUCUAAUUAUAUGCCCAAGGAGGGUGCAGAGGAUGGCCCGGACAUUGGCGGGGGUUAUGUCAACGUGGGUAGCGACGGCGGUCUAAUUGAUGAAAAGAGUUUUAAGGGCAAGAAUUUAAUCAAGGGGCAAAUUAUGAACUACGCCAAUAACGCGCAGCAUGCCAAUCACGCGCAGCAUGCCAAUCACGCGCAGCAUGCUAAUCACACGCAACACGUGGAACACGCCCAUCACGUGAGUUACAACCUGAACCCGUUGGACGCGUCCAAAGUGCCCCCCCCGAUGAAGGGACAACAGAAGAAGGCAAAAAAGAACCAAAGUGAAGAUUUAAAGUUCAUUAAGAAAGACCGCUUCUUCUUUCGCAGUGGUGAUAGCCUGUUCAAGGGGGAUACGAAUGACGAGCUCCCCGAGUUGGUGAAUAAAAAUUUAAAAGGUAAAAACGUAUGCGCAGGGCAGAGUGUGAAAAGUGUGAAGCCUGGCUACAUGACCACCGACAGCACCAUAUACACGGCCAAUAACGCCGUAAGUAAGAACAAAAAUGGAGGGGAAGAGGAUGAUGACUUGGACGAGAACGGCCAUUACUUUGAAAAUGGGGAUGAGGUGAGUCGCCGCUGCGGGGAUGGAGCUACUGAGCCGUUUAACUUCGAAAGUGAAGCGCAUAAAAACUGUGAAAGUGUCAUCGGGCCUUACAAGUACGAUGAGGAGAUGCAUCUCAACUAUGAGGACGACCUGCAACUGAACUAUGGCGAUGACCUCUUCAGUAAGAACACGCCGCACCUGAUUGGGAAGCACCUGGAUGUGAAGCACUCGAACGGGAAGGACGACGACGUUGGAAAUGCGAGUUAUUUCGAAAAGAGCUCCGAUUUUGAAGAGAACGUGGCGCAGCUACAGAAAGAUUUAGACUUUUCGGUCAACCUAAGCAGCAUGAGUAAAAAUAUGUCUUUCCUAAAUUUUGACGAUUCGGAAGAAAAUGACUGGAAGUACCAACAGAUGAAUGAAAUUUUUUCCGCUAAGGGGAAUCCCCACUUGGGUAGUGACGACCAGCACUCGUUUUAUGGAAAAGGCGCGUUGGGAAGCUCCUUUCAUUUCAGCCAUGGUAGUGGAAGCAGCGGUUACAACCUCGGUGCAGGCGGCAGCUUUGGCCUUAGCGCUUGUAGUAGCCUUUUUCCUAGCCCCGUUUAUAGUGCACCAAGAAAUUUUGACGAAAAGGCAAGUUUUUCCGCAACGGUGCAGAGUAGCGACCAGUUCAAUGAUGAUGUAAAAAAAAAUGUAAAAAGUAAUAAUAUGCUCUUCGUGAAUAAUAGCAAUUUAAACAUAAGUUGGGGGAAUGUCCUUUCUGGGAAAAUCGAAAAGUGCGCAAAUGAGGAAAGCGCAUGCGGAAGGAAUAACGACACGAUUAGUAGCAACUUAAUUAGCGAGGAAAAUAACGGCUUUAAUAAUGACCACACACUGAUGGAUGACAAUCAUUUGGGGCUGACUCAUAAUGAUCAUUCACUUGAGAAUAAUGCCACCAGCGUGGGCAGCAACAAGAACUUAAUGCACACCGUUUGCAUGAAUACGACUUGUACUAGCGCGAGUGAAAGCGUCUUUACGUGUGGCAAAGGUAAAGGCCCACAUAGGAGAAAUGACCUGGAUGAUGAAGUUAGUUCUGCUUUGCACACAGAUGGAGGGGAGCACAUGGGGAAGAAGCGCUCCAGCGGAAGUUAUUCCAACGGGAUGACCAGAAAAGGCGCAGAGUUGGUGGGCAGCAAAGGCGGGAUAGUACUUCCCAAUUGUUUAAGCGGAAAAAGCAGUACGAACAAGCAAGGGGUCUCGGAUAGCACCUUGGAGGACGGCGCCAAAAGGGGGGGCAGCAACGCCAAGGGAAAUGAAGAGACCAGCCUGGAUGACCACAACAGCGGCGAUGCUACAGCCGAGUCGUUAACGGGGAAGUGCGGAAAGAGUUGCAAUAAGGGAGGCAGCAACAGGGGUAGCAAUCGGGGUAGCAACAGCAAGGGCAGCGUCAAAGGGGCCGGAAGAGCGCAGAACAGUCGGCCAAGGGAAGGUGCAACGGAUUCGAAAAGCGCCCGAAAUUUCAACGCAAAUGAUCAGAGCAUCAGCAUAAGCGACAGCGAAAAUGUGCAGCUAAAGAACGCCAGUAAUUUUAGCAACGACAGCACGAAUAGCACCAGCAGCAGCCGGAGCGACGGCAGCAACAGGAGUGUGAGAAGUGUAAGAAGUGUCAGAAGCAACCGUAGCGUUAGAAGUGUCCGAAGCGACAGACGCAGCAGAAGCAACCGAACCUGCAGGAACGACCCCAUGGACAGCAAUGGCCGCAGCCAAAACAGUAUUAACCCCGUCGAGAGCGAAAUGAACAAAAAUGGCAGUCAAAACGAUGGCGUGGUGAACGCAGAAUGUAGGAACAAGCCCAUCUUGCAGGAAUACAACUCGGAGCCGCUAAGUUAUGAGCACAUCAAGAGUGAGAACUACUCGUUCAAAAGCGAAGUGGUACCAAAUGACAAGUCGAAAGGAAGUGCCUUCUUAAAAUUCGCCUCCACUAAUUUGGCUAGUACGAAUCAAAGUGGCUGCACAAGUAACGUCUUUAUGAAUAGCAUAUUUAGCGUGCACGGAAAGGAGAACAAUCAGGUGAGGAAGUAUUCCCAAUCGGGGCCGAACGACGGUGGUAGAAAUGGUGGCAGCAGUAAGUACGACAACAGCGGUUUGAUGGUCAAUCGGAGCAGCUUUGAUUCGUUUGUAGGUGCAGCUAAUUUGAGCGGCGUCAACGGCAUGAAUUUAAAUCGCCCCUUUUUGAACCCGUCCACUUGCAACAACCCUGUGUAUCACGCGAGCAACGAGAAGAAGGAGUCCUUCUUCCUACCCAUUACUAACAACCCGUUAGAGAGUGCCCAAAGGAUAAAUUUGCUGACAGCUGAAAAGGGCAAAAGCGAUGUGGGUGGGAGUCCCCUUUUUAGUAUGAACAAACAGAAUGUAAGAAGUGGCUACCCGGUAAAGAAUGACCACUUCGGGGCCAUUCAUGGCAGUAUGAGCAGCAAGCCAAAAGACGAGAUGUUUCAUCUGAGCGGCAAGGUAGAAAACUACGGUGUGAAUAACCAAUCAGGGAUGUACCACCACCCAAUAGAUCCAGGCGAAAAUGUCUAUCACUGCAUGAGUGAUAAAAAUGUCUAUUUUGGUAUGAACAAGCAGCAGAAUGGCAUUUAUAAGAAUGUUACAAAUUUGGAAAACCUCCCCGAUCAGGUGAAUGACCCUAAUGGCAGUAGGUGCUUCUAUGGCAACUUGAGCAACUUUCAUGGGGAGGACAACACAGGCGGUGUAAACCUCAUCGGGAAGAGUGACUACAUGUUUAGAAAUAUUGAAAAUGAUAUAUAUAACAAGGUGAACCAUGUGCAGGAGGGCGAACUGAAGUACGGCCCGUUGAGCGGUGCGCUGCACAGAGGAGGUAGCAUAGGGGUAGGCCCCGCCGACUUCUCCGCUGACUUUUCAGCUGACUUCCCCGCCAACAACGCGAACAUCUGCGACAACCUUGUAGGCAGCGAUCACCUGAAUGAUAACCUCGCGGACAGCAUGAACCGAUUCGAAAACGAUGUAGAUUUUAUCCUAGACGAAAAUGAAGAGCUCGAGGGGCAUUCCAAGGCGGCGCUCAAAAAUGACAAAAUUAUGGAGCUGCAAAAUAUAAUAAACAGUCUCAAGUUUAAGAACAAGCAGCUGGAAAAGGAGCUCACGGAGGUGAAAAAUAUGCACCUGAAGAAAAAACAAAAUUUAAUACUAAACAGUCUAAGCAAUAAAAAUGACGACAUUAGUAGCUACUCAACAUAUAAGGACGACACGAACAACUCAGAUUGUGGAAGUGCAGACAAUUCCAAUAGGUACAUUCAGAACAUUCUAAAUGAUAAGGAGAAGUAUAAUUAUGAUACCAAGAUUUCCAUACAGAAGUUUCACUUGGCUUACACUAAUAACUCCAUUGGGAAAUUAAAAAUAGCUGCGCAGAGAGACAUCAGUGGUUCCUUUAUGGGUCCCAAGGGCAUCCACGUGAAAACGAUUAAAUCGUCUCUUCACAUUUCCGUAUAUAAAAGUGCAAAAGAUGUUUGGUUUCCAGGGUUUGCUGACAGCCAUGUGUUUUUAUUAAAAGGAAAUAUUUUUGGCAUUUUAAGAGCAUGUCAAUUGCUGUACCAUUAUGUGAAGUCCAAAAUGUCGUCUUCCAAGUGUUGCAUUUAUUUGGUCGCUCCGUUUGAGUGCGUUCAGAAGUUACUGGCCGAUGGGUGCAAGCGAAUGGCAAUCAUUAAGGAGGAGUGCGGGGCGGACGUCCGCUUGGGGAAUCUGUACGUGCAGGUGCAUGAGGGCUUCACGGAGCGCUUAAUGGAGAUACGGGGAAACGAGGUCAGCGUGGACUGCGCGCUGGAGAAGCUGGUCAUUUUUAUGCAGUCCUGCUUUUCGGUGCAGUCCUACGACUACGAGUUGUUGAAGUACCCUUGCCGGUCGGUGCUGAACUUGCAGUGA